UGGACCAUCAGUGCACUUUAAUGAGAUAGCUGGUGCAGAAGGUGCUAAGAAGCUCCUUCAAGAAAUAAUAAUCCUUCCCUAUUUAAGGCCUGAGCUUUUCACAGGUCUAAGAGCCCCAGCUCGUGGGCUGUUGUUGUUUGGUCCACCAGGAAAUGGAAAAACUAUGUUGGCAAAAGCUGUCGCAAGUGAAUCAAAUGCAACAUUCUUUAAUAUAAGUGCUGCUACUCUCACUUCCAAAUGGGUUGGUGAGGGUGAAAAACUAGUGCGAGCUCUGUUUUCAGUUGCUAGAGCACUGCAGCCUAGUAUUAUAUUUAUUGAUGAAGUGGAUUCUCUGCUAUGUGAGAGAAAAGAAGGAGAACAAGAGCACAGCAGAAGAAUGAAAACAGAGUUUUUAGUUUCUUUUGAUGGAGUGAUUGCUGAUCCAAAUGAACGAAUAUUAGUGAUGGGAGCCACAAACAGACCAAAUGAACUUGAUGAUGCAGCUCUCAGGCGGAUGGUAAAACGUGUGUAUGUACCCCUUCCAGACAAAGAGACCAGAAAAGUCCUCUUGUCUAAACUUCUCGUCAAGAAUCACAAUCCACUGAGUUCUUGGGAGAUGGAUUCCCUUGCCAGACAAACUGAAGGCUAUUCUGGUAGCGACCUGACAGCCCUCGCCCGCGAUGCAGCAUUGGGACCCAUCAGAGACCUUCGUCCAGACCAAAUACAGUCCGUAGACGCCACUAAGGUUCGUGGCAUUAGCUAUAGCGACUUCCAGAACUCUCUGAAAGUUAUCCGACCCAGUCUUUCGCCUGAUUCUCUGAAGCUGUUCGAGGACUGGAACAGAUCCUUUGGUAGCAGUGCCUGACCAAAGGAACUAUACUCUAAGAUGGUGCUCGAUUCGUGCCCUUCUCAUUCCAUAAAGAAAAAUGGAAGGAGGACGGAGGUACUACGAAAUUCUGGGCCCGGUCGUUCGAGAGCUGGUUGGCGCAAUUCCAUAAGAAUAUUAAGAGUUAACUUUGUUUCUCUUUUAUGAAAUGUUUGUAUUGUGCUUUCGUUUUUGUGAUUUUUAUCUUUCUCAUGAUGAAGCAAAACUGAAGGUGAUAGACAUGACCAGGAAUAGUAAACCUGAACUUGCCAAUGUGUAACUUAUGAAAGAUUUACUCUUGCCCAGGGUUAGCGCGAAACGAAAUUUGUUGUGGUAGGCAGGAAAGAAGUAGUUAUUCUGUUUCGAGAAAAACUUAGCGUGUAACGCUUCACAGUAGAAUGAAUAAAUCAUGUGGUCCAGGCAUACUUGUUCCAGGGCCAGUUGUUAUUUUUU